AUGGUAGUGGUGGUAGUAGGAGAGCCAGAAAAUGGUGCAGAACAUGACUUGUAUACUCUUGUUACAGGGAUUUGUGUCAUCUUUCUUGGUGUGGUUGGGCUGUUCCUGAACUCAAACACUCUCCUCUUCUUCCUCAAAUACAACCACAGAGGAGAGGCCCACCGGAAGAGGUUCAAGACAGUACUAGUUAACAUGAGUGUAGUUGACAUCCUCCUCUCCAUAGCUGCUGCUACUAUCAGAGGACCUGGCUUCAUCUGGCCCAGUGUUAUCUACGGGGAGGCUACUUCGUCUGAUGUGGGUACUGUGAGGUGCAAAGUCCUCAGUAUCAUCUCCUCCUGGCUCCUCAGUGAUCUGAACAUGUUGGCUAUCAUACCUAUAUCCUGCAUCUGUGUCUUCCUCCCUACAAAGAGAGUGUUGAGAGUGAUCAUUGCUAUCUGCUGGGUCCUCCCUAUCAUAGAGGCAAUACUUCUUAUUGUAGGGAUAGAGGAGCACUACCUCGACUCUAGAUACACUGACACGUACCGUAAGUGUUCUAUCCACAAUGCUGCAGAAACGUCUUUUAACUGGGAAGGUCUGGUUGAUUACUUCAACAUGGUCAUCUUCAACAUCCUGCCUCUCUUCAUCCACUCUGGUAUCUGGAUCUCUCUCUGCUGUAAGGAACCUCGUAUGUCACGUGGUAAGCGUCUUUCUGGAGCACUGGUUGUUACUACUGCUCUGGUAACCUGGUUACCGUAUGGGAUUAUCUACGGUAUCUUAAGAUACACUCCCUCUGGACCCAAAGCACUUGUGUACAUAUUCUUCUACCUCUCUAUCGUUACUAAUCCUAUAAUUUACGGUUUCCUGAUGUACAAAUGUGAUAUUUUCCGGGAAGGUUGUUCAGAUUGCUGCUGUGGUGAAGAUUCUGAGGCUCAGCCGAGUUAUUCAGAGCCAGCUAGAGUUGUGGAGCCUAAAUCGUUCACUGAUAUCGGCAGUGGCACUACCACCAUGACGGACUCAGUAAUUAGAGACAGAGGUCUUCCUCAGUUCCAGGAUAGAGUGGCUAUUGUGGGAAACUCAUCAUCUACUUGAUUAUUUUGUUAUUUUAUUCAGAAGACAGACCUUAAUGCAAAUAUUUAUAUUAUUUAUCUCCCCUUGUAGCUACCCUUAGAUUAGAUAGUCUGAUUAAAUGCUUUAUUAUUUUGUUGAUUCGAUUUACGUUAUUUUUCAUAUUUUUUAAUUUCUUAUUUGAAAAUUCAAUUAAUUAUUACAUACAUAAAUCAAGCGUUACAUUUCAGCCAUGCAAGAUUACUAAGAUUACAAGAUUAUUAAUUGAUAAGCUCUAGAGACUAUUGUCACUAAUUGAUCUCUCUGAUAAUUUAACAUUUUUUAAACUAAACAACUUCCGCAUCGCAUCAAAGCAUAAAUUGUAACUUUGGCCAAUGAAGCAGUAAUGUUGCAUUUGAAAAAAAACCGUUCAUGGAAAGUUUUUGAUUAGAUUUAACAGUAUUAUGUCUUCUAGUUUCAAUAAGUUAAAGAUUUUUUGUCAAGGGAGGAUUAAGUUGUGAUACAUUCAUUUUAAAGCCUAUAACAAUUCUUUAUUUUUAAUAAAUUUUUCAUUAAAAAAUACUUUUAUACAAGCUGCAUCACUGAACAGUCGUUAUGAGAUGAGUAUCAGAUUUUAAAUUAUGUAUGAAACAUUUUGAUUUAUCAAUUAAGCUAUUAUUUUUUGUU